UUGAUUUCUAAACCAUUCUUUGAAAACCCAAAACACCUGGAUUCUGUUUCGUCGGAAGUAUGUCGUGUUCGUCGGAAUCCGCGGGUAUGAAACCGGCGAUGUUACCGGAGAAACCAAGCUUUGCCCAAACUUGUAAUUUGUUACGUCAGUACUUGAAGGAGAAAGGUAGCUUCGGAGAUAUAUCUCUGGGAAUGACAUGCAACGUUGAAACUAAUGAGACCCCACGGGUGCUGCCUACGACUAUGAAUUUGUUUCCGGUCGUUGAUGAUAAGUCCGGUGAUGUUUGUAGCCGAACGGUUGGAGCUCGUAGGAACUUGAGAUCCAUGGAAUUGUUCCCUCAAGGAGCUGGUUUGUCGGCACCGGCUCCCAAGGACGAUGUUCAAAGAAGGGUUGAGUGUAGUGUUACUAACACGAAGAAGUCUGAGCCUCAAACUGCGCAGAUGACCAUCUUUUAUGGUGGACAAGUGGUUUCGUUUAGUGAUUUCCCAGCUGACAAAGCCAAGGAAAUCAUGCUUUUAGCUAGCAAGAGCAGCUCGCAAACCGACAACGUCAAUCCCACCCUUUUUACUUCCAGCAGAACAACAAGUCCAAUUGAAUCCAGCUUCGGAGUUCCUCCCAUCUCGAAAUCGGUUCAGCCUGCUCAGCGACCCGUUCCUGGCGAUCUUCCAAUUGCAAGGCGAGCUUCGCUGCAUAGGUUCCUAGAGAAGCGCAAGGAUAGGAUCACCACGAAAGCGCCAUACCUGAUAACUAGCUCCGCCGCAUCACCUUCCAAGUCCGGCGACAGCAAGUCAUGGCUGGGCUUGGCUGCUCCAUCACCAUAGUAAUCUAAGCCAUCGUCUGAACUCUUGGUGUUUUUUUUAAGGCUUUUCUUAGGCUUUGUAUCCUUUGUUCUCUUUUUUCAGCAGGGCAGGCCUGCUGUCUUAUUACCAAUCUAUUCAUGCUUGCUUCAUAUUAUCAGCUCUAAAGCCCUCGUAGAUCGUAACUCCCAGUCAACUCUGACUGUUGAUUAGUUUAAUGUUAGUUAUUUGUGUCGAGGAAUUUCCGGUUUAUGUCAAGUUUGAUUCAAAAUUUUGUUUUUCCGGUUUAUGUAAUAAAAUAAGAGAA